CAUUAUCCGAGUUGCCAUUUCCAGGAACGUCUAGUCCUUGACUAUCUCAUCAUGUCUGACAAAGACGCAGGGACCCCCCGGGUAUUUCUCUACCGGCAUGGUAUGCAGGCACAAAGCCAGGAGAGUAAAACGGCACUAACGACUUACAGGCGAGACCGAGUGGACCCAGAAUGGACGGUACACGGGCACUACAGAACUCGCGCUGACAGAGAACGGCGCAAAACAAGUCCUUGCAACGGGCAAGAUGAUUGUCGGCGCGGGCAAGCUCAUUGA